AAGAAAUCUUUCAGGUAAACGGCCAAAUCAGGCUGUGGCAAGUCUUCCAGUUGUCGAUCUUUUUGUUCUCAGCCUCGAGAAAUGCCAUUACCAAAGCCACUAGAUACGUAACUUUCGGUUUUUCUUUUGGUAUACUGGUUUUCUUUCCCUCUUAGGAAAGCGAUACGGUGUCUGUAAAUGAUAUGGAUUUUUCAGUAAAUUAGCUGUCAUAAUCCGAGAAAAUUUCGACAAAAUACCUUGGAUCGAGAAUGGUGAAAGCUUUGCCGUUCAUUCAUCAACCUAACCGAGCGGCACCAAAUAGUUUAUAUGAUAAAAGAAAUAUCGCCAUGGCUGACUAUGUGUUUCAUUUUCCUUAGUUCAACCAUCCAUCCAUCCAUCCUGUCCAUCCGGAUGGUAUUAUCAGUAUGGAUCAUCUUGCUACAAAUUUAGCUCUGAAAUGGUCACUUGGUAUAAAGCAGUGAGGCGAUGUAAAAGUCUUGGAGGAUUUUUGGUGAAAAUAGAUGAUGCCGAUGAACAAAGUUUCAUAACGGAUAGAAUCAACAUCAGUAGAAAAAUACAGGCACUUUGGAUUGGACUUCAUGAUCUUGAUGAUGAAAAUGACUUCAAAUGGGAGCAUGAUAAUACACCUGCCAACUUCUCUCACUGGAAUAAGGGUGAACCUGAUAAUUCUGGUGAUGGGGAAGACUGUGUUGCAGUCUCUGGGAUUUUCUUGUACAUGUACAGUCAACUAUACCUUCCCGGCCGAUGGAAUGAUAUGGACUGUGACAAGAGUGCCCCUUACAUUUGCGAAAAAAUAUUAGGCGUUGGAGAAAAGAGAGUCGCUUAA